CUAUUGCGGGCAUACAGAAUAUAAUUAACUGGUUUAACUGAAACAGAAAUUAAAUGUGUAUUUUUGUUCCAUUUUUAUGAAUGUGGGAGUGUAUCCUUACCUGAGCAAUUAUAUGAGAAAACAUUUUUAACAUGGCCAAUUUUGUUUUGUGUCUUGUUCUCUAGGAAUGUGAAAGAUACUUUGGAUUUUAAAGAGAUUAUAGAGGAACCUAAGAUUUUCCUUUGCAACGGAACUCUUUCUUCUAAAGACUGUCAAGCAGCUGGCAUCAAAAGAGCGGAAUGAACCGUUGCUUAUUUCUCCCCCUUCUGUUGGGGACUACUGUCCUCUGGCCUCGCAUCACAGCGACAGGAGACUGUGAGACGGGAGACAUGCCCCCCGAGGGGCCCCGCGGCAGAGAGAAGCGCUACUGGGCCUGGAACACGUUCUUUGUGGAAGAGGAAUUGAACGUGACCAGGCAGCCCUUCGGCUGGCUGAGAUCUGAUUUACACAAUGGGUCCAAGUCUUUGAAGUACUCGAUCUCGGGAGACGGAGCUGGAAGUAUUUUUUUUGUCAAUGCAACAACAGGUGUCUUAUAUGUGACUCAGAAGCUUGAUAGAGAGAAACAGGCCUGCUACUUUCUAAAAGCCCAAGUAAUAGACAUCACUACUGGAAAGCCCGUGGAACCUGAGUCCGAGUUUGUCGUCAGAGUUAUGGACAUCAAUGACAAUGCACCGACAUUCCUACAUGAACCUUACAAGGCUGCUGUUCCUGAGAUGGCUCCAGAAGGAACAUUCGUCUUCCAGGUGACAGCAAGUGACGCUGAUGACCCUUCUUCGAACAAUAACGCUCGCCUCGUGUACAGUGUCAUCAGUGGCCAACCGUAUUUCUCCAUUGAGCCAACAACAGGAGUGAUAAGAACAUCUUCUAAAAUGGACAGAGAACUGGUAGAUGCGUACUGGGUGAUUGUUCAAGCCAAAGACAGGAUCGGUCUGCCCGGGGCACUGUCUGGAACAACGCGGGUAUUAGUUACGCUUUCUGAUGUGAAUGACAAUAAGCCUACAUUUAAAAAAAGUUUGUACAGCAUGAAUGUCUCUGAAUCUACACCCGCUGGUGCUUCUAUAGGAAUCAUCACGGCCCACGACAAGGACAUCGGGGUGAACGCAGAAAUGGAUUACAGCAUUGCAGACGACGCGUCUCAGACAUUCGGCAUAGUCACCGAUAACGAGACCCAGGAAGGCAUAGUGAUAUUAAAGAAGAAAGUGGAUUUCGAGCAUCAGAACUACUAUCGUUUUAGAGCCCAAGUGCGAAACCGCCACGUGGACAAGCGGCUGCUGGGCCACCACACGCCAGCGUCCACCACACUGGUCAGGGUGCAGGUGGCCGACGAGGACGAGCCGCCCGCCUUCCUGCAGCCGCGCUACACCUUCCAGGUCCCCGAGGGCAGCCCGCGGGGCGCGCCCGUGGGCUCGGUGUCGGCCCUGGACCCCGACCACCGCAGGGCCCCCGUCAGGUACUCUAUUACCAGCGGCAGUGCCUUCCAAAUUUAUGACAAUGGCACCAUCGUCACGGCUGGCCCUCUUGACCGGGAGACGAGUGCUUGGUGCAACCUGAGCAUUACAGCCAGAGAAAUCGGCAAUGCAGAACAGGCUUCUGAAGUUCCAGUGUAUGUACAAGUCCUUAAUGUUAAUGACCAUGCUCCUGAGUUCCCUGAAUACUAUGAGACUUAUGUUUGUGAAAAGGCAAGUUCUGGACAGGUAGUUCAGACCAUCAGUGCAGUAGAUAGAGAUGACUCUAUAGAAGAUCAGCAUUUUUACUUUAAUUUAUCCAUGGAGGACUCCAAGAACUCCACCUUUACAAUCACAGAUAAUCAAGAUAACACGGCUGUAAUUUUGACUAAUAGAACUGGUUUUAGCCUUCAAGAAGAGCCCGUCUUCUACAUCACCAUCUUAAUUGCCGACAACGGUACCCCAUCACUUACGAGCACGAACACCCUUACCAUCCGCGUCUGUGACUGCGACGACAGUGGCAGUCCCCAGAUCUGCAGUGCUAAAGAGAUGCUCCUCAUGGAAUCCAGGACAGACAUCGUAAUUGCUGUCCUGACGUGCGCUGUGAUAAUACUUGGGUUUAUUUUUACGCUCCUAGUUCUGAGACAAAGGAGGAAGCAGCCUCUGUUUGCCGAGAAGGGUAAAGAUUUCAAAGAGAGGAUCAUCAGGUACGCUGACGAAGGGGAAGGGCAGGAAGACGCCCAGGCCUUGGCCACCGGGGAGCCCAGGGGCAGCCCGGUCAGGAGGGCGCGCAGGCCGCGGAAAGCGCCCCCCGCGGGGCUCAGGGGCCCGUCUUGGCAGGUCGGCCCAGACGAUGCCGUCAUCAAGGAAUUCAUCCUGGAAAAGCUGGCAGAAGCUAACACCGAUCCUUUUGCCCCUCCCUUUGACUCCCUCCGGACCUACGCCUUUGAGGGGACGGGGUCCUCGGCCGGGUCCCUGAGCUCUUUAGAGUCGGCCGCCUCUGGGGAGGGUGAACACUUUGACUGCCUGCAGGAUUUGGAGCCUCCCUUUACGAGAUCAGCGUGCGUGUUUGGUUCUGCCACGCAGUCAGAAACUUAG